AUAAAACCUGCGAAAAUGGACGUCAUACGAAUCCAACUGGAACAGCCUUCUUCAUAAGCGGUAGAAGAUGUCAGAAGGGCGAGCUAUGGUUGACCAAUUUUGAGCAUGAGAUGGAGUAUGUUUAACUUCAUGUACGAUCAAUUAUACCAUUAUCGAUGGGACACCUAACAUGCGAAUGAUAUGGUUUGUAAGGGAAGGAUACUAGUCCUCGCAGAAGUCAUUCUAUGCCUUUACCAACCUAGUAGACCCAUGCAAAGUCCGGACACAUGACACGUAUUCGGAUAUGGUUAGACUUGUCUGAGGCAGAAGCAGCAGAAACGAACACGUCGUGGUGCUCAAUGAGACAGUAUUUGUCAUACUCAGCCCUUCAACACGGAGUCACAGACAUAGUCUAGCUAGGCCCUGAGGCUUACCUGGGAUGGUAUAACAAUUACAGGGUCCGAGUAGCAGACAGAGAACAGCGGGCUCUACCUAUCUCAUCGUUCAGUUUUGUCUCGUUGAAGAUGAUGGGACCCCUUUACUAAAUGUAUGCUGGAAGUAUUCCCAGGCUCUUUGGUCCUAGAAAUGCACAAGCGCCUUGAUCUUGCAUUUUCAAUCUUUGCCAGAGAACUAGGGGCUCACUCGAGCACAUCUAGACUUCUUUUAACAACGAACCCAAGCCUCCAAUAUUACCCUGUCAAAUGGAAGGGCUAUCAUACCCAUGGCUAUUACUGAUACAGGCCGUGCAUUAUUUCUUGGAUUCUGUACAUGAGCAUGUGAAUCAACAUAUGCGUGACAUACCGCAGCUAUCCGACGGUACUGCAGGCCUUAAAACGGGCAGUGCAGGAAUUUUAAUAGGUAUGGACCCAGAUAAAGGCGCCUAAGAACUCGCAGCCAAGCCCUGGUCCUCCGCGCGGUUCCCGCUGAGACAAUCAGGUCCUUGUUUCACCAUAGUUGGUCACUAUAUGACUAUUAAAACCACCGCAGCCGCCAUAGAUCGGCUAAGAUCCAUCCCUCAGGCCCGUUGGCUGUCCGGAUUGGCAGAUGUUUCGACCUGAGUAACGCUGGGUCUUCGGGUGUCAUGGCAAUCAUUUUUAGUCCAUUAAAGGAGGAUGGACUCCAAGCCCGUUCAUUAUUCCCCAGUUCCCCACUUGUGCCUUUUUUCCUUAAGAACUGUCUACCUUCUUCCCAGGUGGUAGCGCCCAUUUCCUCUUCAGUUCUCAUGCUAGUCAGUCUCUUUCAUUCUUCUCACACUUUCUGGUCCUGAGGCUGUCAUUCAUUCAUCGCCAUAAUACCACAUUAUUUACUUUCAUUACAACCCUUCCAUUAAUAUUUUCAGUCCCUGGGGAGCUGAGCUCGCCAUCAGCCUGAUCUUGCAUCCCUGGAGAUAACAUAAACUCUUGUCAUCUACUCGAACUUCUCUUACUAUUAUCCCUUAUUUCACCUGCGCAGAUUUUGUGGCCAUGAGGCUUAUAAGGUCAUCCUCAUGGCAUGCUGUCACUACAUUCAUUCUUCUUGUUGGAAUGCAACCAGUACAGGCAUCCAUCGAUCUCAACCUAAGCAAUAAGGAUUCCAUAAAAAAAGCCGCAAAAGUGGCAGCUGCUGGGAUGGUGCGGUACUACACGGGAUAUAGACCUGGGGAUGUGCCUGGAAAUCUGCCCGAUCCGUACUACUGGUGGGAAGCGGGUGCGAUGUUUGGGUCCUUAAUCGAGUACUACUAUUACACUAGGGAUACGCAGUACGUCGACAUGACGACCCAAGCUAUGUUAUGGCAGGUAGGUCGGGAUAAGAACUACAUGCCCGAUAACCAGACAAGGACGCUGGGGAAUGAUGACCAGGCCUUCUGGGCUCUGUCUGCCAUGUCCGCGGCCGAAGUCAAAUUCCCUGACCCGCCGCCAGACCAGCCGCAAUGGCUGGAGCUUGCACAGGCAGUCUUCAAUACUCAGGCACAUCGGUGGGAUACGAGUACUUGCGGCGGGGGGCUUAAAUGGCAGAUUUUCGCGUUCAAUGCCGGAUAUAACUACAAGAAUACAGUUUCGAACGGGUGCUUCUUCAACCUCGCUUCCAGGCUGGCCGUAUAUACCAACAACGAGACAUACGCACAAUGGGCAGAGAGGACCUGGGACUGGGUUAACGCGACUGGUCUCAUUGGUCCGUCAUAUCAGUUCUUCGAUGGGUCGGACGAUAGAAAGAACUGUACUGAAAUCAACCAUAUCCAAUGGACGUAUAACGCUGGUCUCUUUUUGCUUGGGGCGGCGAACAUGUACAACCAUACAAACGGAGCCGAAAUAUGGAAAACCCGUCUGGAAAACAUUAUCGCAGGCCUUGACAUUUUCUUUAAGGACAACGUCAUGACCGAAGUCUUCUGCGAGAAUACGCACUGUGACGUCGACCAACGCUCCUUUAAAGCCUACCUAUCUCGUUGGAUGGCCGCGACCACAUCCAAAGCCCCCUUCACCUACGAUCUACUCAUGCCCCGACUCCGAGCAUCAGCCGCCGCAGCCGCCCUGCAGUGCAAUGGUCCCGAUAACGCGUGCGGACUACGAUGGACACGAGGCGCCGAUUACGACGGCAGCACGGGUGUGGGCGAGCAGAUGAGCGCACUGGAUGUGUUCCAGGCAAAUCUGGCCGAUCGUGUACCUCCGCGCGUCACGAAUUCCACUGGUGGGACCAGUAAGGGUGAUCCGAACGCGGGAACUCGUAACUCGGACGAGAAGUUUCUGGGGAUAUCUGAGAUGAAGAUCGCGGUGGGCGAUCAGGUGGGGGCGGGGGUUCUUACGUCGAUUUUCGUGGUGGCUACCAUCUGUGGUGUUCUCUUUAUGGUUAAGUGAUCCUUGAUGCUGGUGGGAGACAUAUAUUGUACAUGGUUGGCGUUGACAGUGGGUAUUUUCUUCGGGAUUUUCGGUAGAGCUUUGCAUUAUAGAACUACUUCCAGGUUGAAUACAAUAUAGUUUCAGUCAGUGGACAUCAAUAAUAAUGCUAUUCAAGUGGCC